CAUUCUUUAUAUCACAGAUCGACCUGUUUAGUUAAAAAAUAUUGACUAUUUAGUGUAGCAAUGGUAAUGGGUCAACAGCCAUGUCAGGACCUUAUGAAACGUGUUACGCAAAUUAUUGUCAGCUAAAAACAAAAUGAUCUACCUACCUUUCUGUUUUUAUGGAUAAUUUUGUCUCUUAAAUAGUUUUUAUACAUUGCAGUAACUAACCAUCACUUUUAAGACGCUUCUAGUAAUGCGCCACGGAACAGAAUAGAUAGACCAUACUGUCCGGGCUACCCUAAGAUAAUACAGAUAAUAUAAUUUUUUUCUUUAACUUCAGUACAAACAAGAAGCAUAUUAUGUAAACUAAAUAGUGAGAUCAUACGGUUGGUGCCUCUUGGCGGAGUGAGUGGUCAAAUGAACUUUGUUGACCUGUCUAAUUCUAUGAAUGAUGAGUACAGGACUUAAAGUUACUUCUUAUGUUGAUACGUCUUCAUGAAUAGUUCUUUGGCGUACUGGAUAGACAAGAUAUUACGCUAUACACUGGGCCAUAAGAGUGUCAACAUGGCAGACAUGGAUGCUGAGACUGUUGGUCAGGCUGAAUCAGUGAUGGACCAGGAGGAGCCCUUAUUCAGCAACCUGGACAUCUUCCUCUUCUCUCUUGUGGUCGGCCUGGUCAUUUAUUGGUUUAUGUCCCGCAAGAAGCCUGAACCCAUUCCUGAAUUCAAAAAACUUGACACAAUGACCCCCACCACAAGAGAGACCAGUUUCAUUGAGAAAAUGAAGAAAACUGGCAAAAACAUCAUUGUAUUCUACGGCUCCCAAACGGGCACAGCAGAGGAAUUUGCCAACAGGCUGUCCAAAGAUGCUCAACGCUACGGCAUGAAAGGAAUGGCAGCUGAUCCAGAGGAAUAUGACAUGGGUGAGCUGUCUCGUCUGUCUGAGAUCUCCAACUCUCUGGCCAUAUUCUGCAUGGCCACUUAUGGUGAAGGAGACCCCACUGACAACGCACAAGACUUCUAUGACUGGCUCCAGGAAAAUGAUGACGAGGAUCUGUCUGGGCUUAACUACACAGUAUUUGCCCUGGGAAAUAAGACUUAUGAACACUACAACGCAAUGGGCAAGUAUGUUGACAAAAGACUUGAAGAGCUGGGAGCCAAACGUAUCUUUGACCUCGGUUUAGGAGAUGACGAUGGAAACCUGGAGGAAGAUUUUGUUUCAUGGAGAGAACAGUUUUGGCCGGCUGUUUGUGAGCACUUUGGUGUGGAACCCUUAGGAGACGAAUCAAGCAUUAGGCAGUAUGAACUACAGGAACACACAGACAUCAACAUGAACAAGGUGUACACAGGAGAAAUUGGCCGCCUUAAGAGUUUUGAGAAUCAAAAGCCACCCUUUGAUUCUAAAAACCCUUUCCUUGCGCCAGUCACUGUCAAUCGCAAACUCAACAAAGGCGGAGAAAGGCACCUGAUGCACCUUGAACUGGACAUAACAGGCUCCAAGAUCAGAUAUGAGUCAGGAGACCAUGUUGCCGUUUUCCCCACUAAUGAUUCCACAUUAGUGAACAAACUUGGGCAAGUCCUUGGCGUUGACCUUGACGUGGUUAUCUCUCUGAACAACCUUGAUGAGGAAUCCAACAAGAAGCACCCUUUCCCUUGUCCCACUACUUAUCGCACUGCCUUAACUCACUACCUGGACAUUACAAACCCACCUCGCACCAAUGUUCUUUAUGAAUUGGCACAGUAUGCCUCUGACCCGAAAGACCAAGAAAAUAUGCGCAAGAUGGCCUCCUCCUCCCCUGAAGGCAAAGCUCUUUACCAGAGUUGGGUGUUGGAUGCCUGUAGAAAUAUUUUGGCCAUUCUGGAAGAUAUGCCAUCUUUAAGGCCUCCCAUUGACCACUUGUGUGAGCUGUUACCCCGUCUACAAGCUCGUUACUACUCCAUUGCUUCUUCCUCCAAGGUUCACCCCAACAGCAUUCACAUCUGUGCUGUAGUGGUGGAGUAUAAGACAAAGACUGGACGCACCAAUAGGGGUGUUGCCACAAACUGGUUGAAGAACAAACUGAUCACUGACAAUGGUCAUAAGUCCACUGUCCCCAUGUACAUCCGCAAGUCACAGUUCCGCCUGCCAUUCAAACCCACAAACCCAGUCAUCAUGAUUGGACCUGGCACAGGAAUUGCACCAUUUAUGGGCUUCAUCCAGGAAAGAGGGUGGCUCAAACAACAAGGGAAAGAAGUUGGCGAGACUGCCAUGUAUUUUGGUUGCAGACAUAAAAAUGAAGAUUACCUUUAUCAAGAAGAACUAGAGGAAGCCGAGCGCAGUGGCGUACUUACACAGCUGCAUGUCGCCUUUUCAAGAGACCAGGAGCAUAAGGUAUAUGUUCAACAUCUCAUUAAGCAGAAUAAAGAGAACAUUUGGAAGCUGGUUCAUACAGACAAUGCUCACAUCUAUGUUUGCGGGGAUGCAAGAAACAUGGCUAAAGAUGUGCAGACAGCCUUUUAUGAGAUUGCAGAAGAAUUUGGAGGAAUGACACGUACUCAGGCCACAGAUUACAUUAAGAAACUGAUGACCAAGGGACGCUACUCACAAGAUGUUUGGAGCUAGAGUCUCCAAUCUAGCUGUCAUGUCACUACUACUAUUUUUAAAUCAUGUAUCUUGUUUUAACUUGGACUGAAUAUAAAACACGUAUAUGCCUCAUGUUAUAGAGCCGAUGCAGUGACGUACUCUCUUGUCUACACUUAUAGCUGGUCCAUAAGCAUUAUCCACUUGUAAGCUCCAAAGUUGGGAGAAUGACAAGUAUUGUUGGUUACUUAAAAAUGGUUUAAUAGAUGAAUGCAUUUAACGUAUUUCACUGAAUGAAUUACACUCUUUAUUCCUCCCUAUAAUCUCCAAUAAUUUAAUACAUUUUAUUACCUAAAAUAUUCAGCCCGUCAGUUCAUAGAACACACAGUGACACAGUAGGUACUGUUGGCAUGUACAAGUAAGACCUGUGUUUGUGCAUCCCUGUUCAAUGCAAUGCCAUGUAGGGAGUCACAUUUUACACUGUGUCCCACUCAUUGUUCUGUGAUAAAGUGCAUUCCAUGUCUAGUGUGUGUGAAAUGUACUAUUUGGUGCAAAGAUGGGCUGCAUAGGUACAAAAAAUAUGAAUCUUUGUAUUUUAACAAGGGUUCUUUUUGCCUUUUAUGCAUAUGUUGCUGAUGUUUAAAUCAAAACCAGUAGCAUUUUGAAAGGCACAAAAUAAUUUGAUGCAAAGGGGAAAAUAUGAGAGGAUGUCUGCAUUUUGUCAUGCCUGUCCUUUUGAUAGAAUGUGAUAAAAUAUCUUGGUAUAUAUAUAUCAUGUAUGGUAUUUCUUUAUCAUUUUUAGACUUAAUUCAGUCCCUAUGAAUGUUUUAUAUGCAUUUGUGCAGUAACUCAACAUGGCAAUAAUCUUUGAAAUGCCUUUUUUUAUCUUCAAUCUGCAAUUAUUUUAUUAUGCAGCAAUAUUGCAAAUUAUAUUAGAAAGCAAACGUGCCAGAUUUCAAAACUGACCUUGCUUCAGAAUUUUCUUGUCAUUUUGGAUUACAUAAUGAAGUGUGUGCCUUGUUUAACUGCCUUAUGUAUUAUAUAUGUAAUAAACCACAAUGCUUCA